UGCAUAAUUUAGGGGUGUGGGCUUGUUUCUAACUUUCUCCCAGAGACAUUCUUAAGAUGUUAUGUAUUAUUGUAUAUGGGUGGAUAAUAGGUGAGGACAUAUGCAAAGUGGAUGGUUGAUUCUAGUUACAGUUUCCUACCAAAAUGUAGCUUUUGCUUGCAGAUGCUAACUCAUUCAAGUUGCUCUGUCACUCGGCUCGGCUGCUUACAUGUUUUGCAUAAUUCAUGCUUGCUUCUACUUUUGAAAGGAUCCUCAUCUCCAACUGGUUACACAUGUCCUUCAUGCAAAUCACAAAUAUGGCCCACAAAGAAGCAGUUUGUUAGUUCUGGUUCUUCCCUUGCCAAUCAGUUGGAGGAAUUAUUUGCGAGGAGCCAUAUUUUUAUGUUGGACAAGAAUUCUCUAUUGCCAUUAGCUUCUGAACUAUUAUCAAAUUUCUCUGAGCAAGGAUUCUCACAGCCACGUUCUGAGAUUCGAUCAACAGUUUUUAGUUUGUCAUCACCUCUUGCUGAAAUGUACAAAGAUCCGAAGAGUCAAAAGGCACAGCAAAACUAUAUUCCUAAAGAUCAAAAUGUAUUAGAGAGUGGGGAAACACUUAAAUCACCAAGAAAGACGAUAAAUAUUGAAACUCCAAAGUCUUGUUCACCUGAGAUUGGGAUUGCAGAGUCUGUUGGAAGUCCAAAGAUUUCUAUGGUGUACUCUAGAAAUUAUUCUUUUCGAGGCGAGGAAAAAAGUACCGACUGCCCUGUUCAGGACUGUGGAAAAGGUUUGAUACAUAUACCAAGUGGUUAGUCAUCUUUUCAAUUU